AUGGCUUCUUCAUCUCAAAACACUUUAGAUGAUGCAUUUGAUGAAAAGUUUGAUCAAAAAUUUGAUCAAGCCUUUGAUCGAGUCCUUGAGAAUUUAACCAUCCGUGCUGAUCAAGAAGAACGAAAGAAGAAAAGGAAAAAACGAGCUUAUAUCGAAAGAAAUCGGGAGGAAGGAAAUGUACGUUUAUGGAAUGAUUAUUUCAGUGAAACUCCAACGUAUUCUGAUAAUCAGUUCCGACGACGUUUUAGAAUGAACAGGCCAUUAUUCACGCACAUUGUGAAUCGACUUGCCAACGAAGUUGACUUCUUUCGUCAAAAGAUAGAUGGUCUCGGAAGGUCUGGUCUCUCAACACUCCAAAAGUGUACAGCAGCCAUUCGUUUAUUGGCAUAUGGUAGUGCGGCUGAUACGGUCGACGAAUACCUUCGGCUCGCUGAAACUACAAGUCGGUCAUGUUUGGAGAAUUUUGUGGAAGGAAUAAUUCAAUUGUUCGGCGAUGAGUACUUAAGAAGACCAACACCGGCUGAUCUUCAACGUCUACUUUAUAUUGGAGAGAUACGUGGAUUUCCCGGGAUGAUAGGAAGCAUCGACUGUAUGCAUUGGAAGUGGAAGAAUUGUCCCACCACUUGGAAAGGGCAAUAUUCUCGAGGUUCGAGUAAACCAACUAUCGUUUUAGAGGCGGUUGCUUCAUAUGAUCUCUGGAUAUGGCAUGCAUUUUUUGGGCCUCCAGGUACCUUAAAUGAUAUAAAUGUUCUUGAUCGUUCACCUGUUUUUGAUGACAUAAUUAACGGUCAAGCUCCGCAAGUCACUUACUCCGUCAAUGGAAGAGAGUAUCAUUUGGCUUAUUAUCUCACCGAUGGUAUUUAUCCGAAAUGGGCAACUUUUAUUCAAUCUAUUCCACUACCACAAAGUCCGCAAGCAGUUUUAUUUGCUAAACGUCAAGAAGCUGUCCGAAAAGAUGUCGAGCGUGCUUUUGGAGUCUUGCAAGCUCGCUUUGCUAUUGUUAAAAAUCCAGCACUUUUUUGGGAUAAAGUCAAAGUUGGAAAGAUUAUGAGAGCAUGUAUCAUACUCCAUAAUAUGAUAGUAGAAAAUGAACGGGAUAAUAUGAUAGUAGUAGACGAACAAGAUGUAUACACUCAUUAUGAUGUUUCAGGGUUCCAACAAGGAGAAGACACUGGAAGUUCAGAUAUCGAUCUCACGUUUUCUACAGAUACCCCUUCAAGGAUCACUGAUAUGAUGCGUAUGGAAACUACAAUUCGUGAUGGACAAAUGCAUCAACAACUGAAAGCUGAUUUGGUAGAAAAUAUAUGGCGUAGAUUUGGACAUGAUGGAGACAACAACUGA